AUGGACACUGAUAGGUGGCACUGAUGGACACUGAUAGGUGGCACUGAUGGGCACUGAUGAGGAGGCACUGACCUGGAGAAGACGGAAGCAGGGGCGGACUGACAACUCAUGGGGCCCCCGGGCAAUAGGGGAUCAUGGGGCCCAUGUCCUUGCCCAAACUCAAAAAAGCCUAUGAAAAAAUUACCAGGGGCAUCUCAUGGGGCCCCCUACUGACCCCGGGCCCUCGGGCAGUGCCCAAGUUUCCAAGUGGUCAGUCCACCCCUAGACGGAAGGCUCUGCAG